AUGGCUGGCAAGGAAAUCCUUCACAAGGUGAAGGACAAGGUGAAAGAUGUGUUUAGUUCAUCAGGACCAGAAACAGGGAAAGGCAAGACAAAGUUAUCAGGCAAGGUUGUCAAGCAUGGUUACCAUCUGGUGAAGGGAAAAUCUAAUCAUCCAAUGGAGGACUAUCUAGUAGCAGAGUACCGGCAAGUUGGUGAACAUGAUUUGGGUUUGUUUGCGAUAUUCGAUGGUCACCUGGGCCACACUGUUUCAGACUUUUUGCGCUCCCAUCUUUUCAAUAACAUCUUGAGUGAGCCAGAAUUCUUGAGUGAUCCAGAAACUGCUAUCCAAAAUGCAUACCAACUUACAGAUCAGAAAAUAUUGGAAAACACAGCAGAGUUGGGAAGAGGUGGCUCCACAGCUGUUACUGCCAUCUUAAUAGGCAGCGACAAGUCCGUGAAACUAGUAGUUGCAAAUGUUGGGGAUUCACGGGCAGUUAUUAGCAAGAAUGGUGUGGCGGAGCAGCUUUCAGUUGACCAUGAACCAAACAUGGAGCGACAAACAAUUGAGCAAAAGGGUGGCUUUGUAUCAAACCUACCGGGUGAUGUGCCACGCGUUGAUGGGCAGCUGGCAGUUGCAAGGGCAUUUGGAGACCGGAGCUUGAAGAAGCACCUCAGCUCUGAACCACAUGUGAUUGAGGAAACUAUCGAUGAAAAUACCGAUUUUUUAAUUCUAGCAAGUGAUGGCUUAUGGAAGGUGAUGUCCAACCAGGAGGCGGUCGACGAGAUCAAGGAUUGCAAGGACGCGCAGGCAGCUGCCAAGCACCUGACGGAGCAGGCCGUGAACCGGAAGAGCAAGGACGACAUUUCAGUUAUCGUCGUCAAGUUCCUGUGCUAG